AUGGAGACUUCUCUGAAGUUUGAUGGCGAGCGCUAUGAAGUUGCUGUCCCGUGGCGAGACGGAAAGCCAAACCUGCACGGAAACUUUGGAUACGCGGUCAAAAGGCUCGAGAGGACCGAGAAGUCGUUGAAGAAGGCGGGGAAGGAGCUGCUGACGGACUACGACGCCGUCUUCAAAGACUACCUCUCCAAGGGCUACAUGAAGAAGCUUGAAGACUCAGUGAAUGUUCUCUGCUGGAUCCGCAACGACGUCAGCAGGUUCCAGAGCUUCGUGGCACACCGGGUGUCGGAAAUCAGAGACACUACAGAGCCAAGACAGUGGCAGCACGUGCCCGGGACAAGAAACCCAGCCGACCUGCCGACCAGAGGCCAGAGCUUGGAUGAGAUGGCCCAAAGCAAGAUGUGGUGGGAAGGUCCGGACUUCCUGUGUCAGCCACCCGAUUAUUGGCCAGAGAAGAAAGAUUUCUCACAGGAGAAAUUCGACAGAAGUGAAGAUCGACAGACAAAACAGGUGAAGAACACGCAGAUGAAGAAGCUGGAAAAGGAGUCACGCCUUGAUCCUGCUCGUUUCUCAUCUUGGGUGAAGUUGGUGCGAACCACGGCUUACGUGCUAAGAUUCGUGUCGAAUCUGAAGACGAGGUCCGGCCGUGACCUACAGCUGACCUCAGACGCCUCAUUGGUGCAUCCAUUGGAUCCAUCUGAGCUGAAGACGGCGGAGACGUUCUGGGUGAAGCUGGCUCAAAGUGAGUUUGAAGAAGAGAAGCGUCAGCUCGUGGCUCAGGCAGGCCACUCCGCCACAGGAAAGCGGCCAAGGGAGCUAAAGGACAGCAGCAUUCGACGGCUAUCUCCAUUCUUGGAUGGCGAUGGCAUUCUUCGAGUCGGUGGUCGCGUGCGCCGGUCAGAUAUACCGUUCGAAGCAAGACACCCAGCGCUGUUACCCAAACAGCACGCCGUGACUUGUCUCAUCAUCGAGCAGACACACAAAGACGCAGACCACGAGAUGGGAGUGGAGCACACCAUUUCCGAGCUGAGGCAGCGGUUCUGGAUCAUCGCCGCAAGAGAAGCUGGCAAACGACCCAUACGCACCUGCCCGGAGUGCAUCAGAAGACGGCGCCAGCCAGAAGCACAGAAAAUGGGCUCGAAGCUACCCAGUCAUGCGCAACCAACGCAGUCAGCAUUCAGCCACAUUUCGGUGGACUUCGCCGGGCCCUUUGAGACUCGUCAGGGCCGCGGGAAAACAAGACAGAAGCGGUACUUGUGCGUGUUCUACUGUCUGCUCACGAAGGCCAUUCACUUAGAAGUGGCGUACGGUCUGGAUACCGACAGUUUCCUUCGAGCCUUCAUGCGAUUCAUAUCAAGAAGAGGCAGACCGAGCCACGUGACGUCUGACAACGCCACCAACUUCGUCGGAGCAAGCAAGGAGAUCAGGAAGCUACUGCUUCAGCUUGAUGAAGAUCAAGUCAAAGACAAGACAGCGCACCUCUACAUCAAGUGGCACUUCAUCCCGCCGGGAGCGCCUCACUUCAACGGUGGAUGUGAGGCAACAGUGAAGUGUGUGAAGAGGAGCCUGCGCAAAACGCUGCAGAGUGCAGACCUGACUGAUGAAGAGCUACAGACUUCUUUCUGUCGUGCCGAGGCGCUGCUGAACUCUCGGCCAAUCACAGCGGUGUCGUCCGAUCCAAAUGACGGCCCUCCGCUGACCCCGGCGUCGUUCCUGCUGGGUCAUAAUGAAGUUGACCUGGCACCGACCUCCUGUAACGACCGCAACUACCUGAAGCGAAGGUGGCAGCGGCUGGAACAACUCAACAGGGAAUUCUGGCGCCGCUGGAUCCGAGAGUACCUGCCGAGUCUGCAAGCCAGACAGAAAUGGACCGAGGCUUCACGGAACAUCCAAGAAGGCGAAGCAGUUCUGCUCGUCGACCAGACCGUGCCGCGCGGCUCGUGGCCCCUGGGAAGAGUCACCGCCACGUUCCCCGGCCCGGACGGACUGGUGCGGGUCGCUGAGGUCAAAACGUCAAAGGGCGUCUACAGGAGACCAGUGACGAAGAUCGUCAGACUGGAGCUGGAUCAGUGA